AUGGUCGUGGACGUGGACCUGGACGUGGACGUGGACAUGGAUGUGGACACGGUCGUGGACGUGGACGUGGACGUGGACGUGGACGUCGACGUGGACAUGGACGUGGACGUAGACGUGGACGUGGACGUAGACGUGGACAUGGUCGUGGACGUGGACGUGGAAGUGGACGUGGUCGUGGUCGUGGUCGUGGACAUGGACGUGGACGUGGACGUAGACGUGGACGUGGACGUCGACGUGGACGUGGUCGUGGACGUGGACGUGAACGUAGACUUGGACGUGGACGUGGACGUGGACAUGGACGUGGACAGGGAAGUGGACGUGGACGUGGACGUGGACAUGGAAGUGGACAUGGACAUGGACGUGGACGUGGACGUGGUCGUGGACAUGGACGUGGACGUGGACAUGGACGUGGACGUGGACGUGGACGUGGACGUAGACGUGGACGUGGACAAGGACGUGGACGUGGACGUGGACGUGGACGUGGACGUGGACGUGGACGUGGACGUGGACGUGAACGUGGACGUGGACGUGGACAUGGACGUGGACAUGGACGUGGACAUGGACGUGAACGUGGACGUGGACGUGGACGUGGACGUGGACAUGGACGUGGACGUGGACGUGCACGUGGACGUGGACGUGGACGUGGACGUGGACAUGGACGUGGACUUGGACGUGGAGGUGAACGUGGACGUGGACGUGGACGUGGACGUGGACGUGGACAUGGACGUGGACGUGGACGUGGACGUGGACGUGGACGUGGACAUGGACGUCGACGUGGACGUGGACGUGGACGUGGACGUGGACGUGGACAUGGACGUGGACAUGGACGUGGACAUGGACAUGGACGUGGACGUGGACGUGGACGUAGACGUGGACGUGGACAUGGACAUGGACGUGGACGUGGACGUGGACGUGGUCGUGGACGUGGACGUGGACGUGGACGUUGACGUCGACAUGGACGUGGACGUGGACGUGGACGUGGACGUGGACGUGGAAAUGGAGGUGGACGUGGACCUGGACGUAGACGUGGACGUUGACGUGGACAUGGUCGUGGACGUGGACAGGGACGUGGACUUGGACAUGGACGUGGACAUGGACAUGGACGUGGACAUGGACGUGGACAUGGACGUGGACGUGGUCGUGGACGUGGACGUGGACGUGGACAUGGACAUGGACGUGGACGUGGACGUAGACGUGGACGUGGACGUGGACAUGGACGUGGACGUGGACGUGGACGUGGACGGGGACGUGGACGUGGACGUUUAUGUGGACAUGGACGUGGACGUGAACAUGGACGUGGACGUGGACGCGGACAUGGACGUGGACAUGGACGUGGACGUGGACGUGGACAUGGACGCGGACAUAGACGCGGACGCGAACAUGGACGCGGACAUGGACGCGGACGCAGACAUGGACAUGGUCCUGGACGUGGACGUCGACGUGGACGUGGACGUGGUCGUGGACGUGGACGUGGAUGUGGACGUGGACGUGGUCGUGGACGUGGUCGUGGAUGUGGUCGUGGAUGUGGACGUGGUCGUGGACGUGGACGUGGACGUGGACGUGGACGUGGACGUGGACGUGGACGUGGACAUGGACGUGGACAUGGACGUGGACGUGUACGUGGACGUGGACAUGGACAUGGACGUGGAAGUGGAAGUGGACGUGGACAUGGACGUGGAAGUGGACGUGGACGUGGACAUGGACGUGGACGUGGACGUCGACGUGGACAUGGACGUGGACGUGGACGUGGACAUGGACGUGGACGUGGACGUGGACGUGGACGUGGACGUGGACGUGGACAUGGACGUGGACGUGGACGUGGACGUGGACGUGGUCGUGGACGUGGACGUGGACGUGGACGUCGACGUGGACGUGGACGUGGACGUGGACGUGGACGUGGACGUGGUCGUGGACGUCGACGUGGACGUGGACGUGGACGUCGACGUGGACAUGGACGUGGACGUGGACAUGGACGUGGACAUGGACGUGGACGUGGAUAUGGACGUGGACAUGGACGUGGACGUGGAGGUGGACGUGGAUAUGGACAUGGACGUGGAUGUGGACAUGGACGUGGACGUGGACAGGGACGUGGACGUGGACGUUGACGUCGACAUGGACGUGGACGUGGACAUGGACGUGGACGUGGACGUGGACGUGGACAUGGACGUGGACAUGGAGAUGGACGUGGACAUGGACAUGGACGUGGACAUGGACGUGGACGUGGACGUGGACGUGGACGUGGUCGUGGACGUGGACGUGGACGUGGACGUCGACGUGGACGUGGACGUAGACGUAGACGUGGACGUGGACAUGGACGUGGACGUGGACGUGGACGUGGACGGGGACGUGGACGUGGACGUUUACGUGGACAUGGACGUGGACGUGGACAUGGACGUGGACGUGGACGUGGACCCGGACAUGGACGUGGACAUGGACGUGGACGUGGACGUGGACAUGGACGCGGACAUAGACGCGGACGCGGACAUGGACGCGGACAUGGACGCGGACGCGGACAUGGACAUGGUCCUGGACGUGGACGUCGACGUGGACGUGGACGUGGUUGUGGACGUGGACGUGGAUGUGGACGUGGACGUGGUCGUGGACGUGGACGUGGACGUGGACGUGGACGUGGACGUGCACGUGGACGUGAACGUGGACGUGGACGUGGACGUGGACGUGGACAUGGACGUGGAAGUGGACAUGGACAUGGACGUGGAAGUGGACGUGGACGUGGACGUGGACGUGGACGUGGACAUGGACGUGGACAUGGAUGUGGACGUGGACGUGGACGUGGACGUGGACGUGGACGUGGACGUGGACAUGGACGUCGACGUGGACGUGGACGUGGUCGUGGACGUGGACGUGGAUGUGGACAUGGACGUCGACGUGGACGUGGACGUGGACAUGGACGUGGACGUGGACGUGGACGUGGUCGUGGACGUGGACGUGGACAUAGACGUGGACGUGGACGUGGACAUGGACGUGGACGUGGACGUGGACGUGGACAUGGACGUGGACGUGGACCUAGACGUGGACGUGGACGUGGACGUGGACAUGGUCGUGGACGUGGACCUGUACGUGGACGUGGACGUGGACGUGGAUGUGGACGUGGACGUGGACAUGGACGUGGACGUGGACAUGGACGUGGACGUGGACGUGGAGAGGGACGUGGACGUGGACGUGGACGUCGACAUGGACGUGGACGGGGACGUGGACGUGGACAGGGACGUGGACGUGGACGUGGUCGUGGACGUGGACGUGGACGUGGACGUGGACAUGUAG